CUUUCGCUGAGGCUGCUGGGGCGUGGCUGUCAGGGACGCGCAGGGCGCGCUCAGCUGUUGAGGACGCGCUUCUCUGGGCGCGCGCGCCGGAGCCCAGUGUAGGAGUGGAAACCGCAGGCGCACGAGGGAGGAACGCGUGGACCAUGAAGAGGCAGGGAGCCCCCUCUGAGCGGAAACGGGCGCGGAAACCGUCCGGGAAGGCCGGAGCAGCAAAUGGAUUUCUCAUGGAAGUGUGUGUUGAUUCAGUGGAGUCAGCUGUGAAUGCAGAAAGAGGAGGUGCUGGUCGGAUUGAAUUAUGUUCUGGUUUACUGGAGGGAGGAACCACACCCAGCAUGGGUAUCCUUCAAGUAGUGAAGCAGAGUGUCCAGAUCCCAGUUUUUGUGAUGAUUAGGCCACGUGGAGGUGACUUUUUAUAUUCAGAUCGUGAAAUUGAGGUGAUGAAGGCUGACAUUCGUCUUGCCAAGCUUUAUGGUGCUGAUGGUUUGGUAUUUGGGGCAUUGACUGAAGAUGGACACAUUGACAAAGAGCUGUGCAUGUCUCUUGUGGCUAUUUGCCGUCCUCUGCCAGUCACUUUCCACCGAGCCUUUGACAUGGUUCAUGAUCCAAUGGCAGCUCUAGAGACUCUCUUAACCUUGGGAUUUGAACGAGUAUUGACCAGUGGAUGUGACAGUUCAGCACUAGAAGGGCUACCCCUAAUAAAGCGACUCAUAGAUCAGGCAAAAGGCAGGAUUGUGGUAAUGCCAGGGGGUGGCAUAACAGACAAAAAUCUACAAAGAAUCCUUGAGGGUUCAGGUGCUACAGAAUUCCACUGUUCUGCUCGGUCUGCCAGAGACUCAGGAAUGAAGUUUCGAAAUGUAUCUGUUGCCAUGGGCGCCUCACUUUCUAACUCCGAAUAUUCUCUAAAAGUAACAGAUGUGACCAAAGUAAGGACUUUGAAUGCUAUUGCAAAGAAUAUCCUGGUUUAGCCAGACCUCUCUGAGAGACAUGGAUGUCACAGGAUGAAGGUAGAAGUAUAAUCUACAAUUCUCUAGGACACAGCUUUAACUUUCUCUGGCCAAGAUAAUCUUUUAAGUUUCAAGUGGCUGUGGAGAAUGUUUCCAAGAAGAAAAAGAACUUGCAACAGAGAUAGUUACUUCCUUUGCAUAAUCAUAUCAACAAUUGCCAUGGUAAUGGUUAAAUCUGGUCUGUGAUUCUUCCACAGACAAAAGCUUAGUCUGUUUUCAUUGGAAUUAAUUGAUAAACUGGGAAAGUUCAUCUCCAAGGUAUGAAUUCAGUAUUUUGCUUUUUCAUUUGUAAAAUAAAAAUUUCCAUUCUAUUA